AUGGCGUCGUCAUCACGGCCAUGUGUCGUCAAUCAGUGUAAGCGACCAUCUCGAGCUUUGUGUAAUUGCUGCCAACAGUAUUUUUGCCGUGAACAUUUAAAAGAACAUGAUGAUUUAAUGAAUGCUCAAUUACCAUCUUUAGCCGACCAAAUUAAUGAACUUUCAGAUCAAUUUAAUAAUGGUGCUUUACUAGAACCGACUGGUCUUACAGGUCUCAAACAAUGGCGUGAGGAAGCUCAUAAAACAGUUGAUCAAUUCUAUGAGAGAAAAUCUCGACAAUUUGAACAAUUUAUUCAAGAAAGAAAAGACAAACAAAGAAAAAACCUUAAUCAAAUGCGAAUUAAUAUGAACGAAUUAAUUCAAGAACAAGAAACAACACAAGAACAGAUAAAUUCAAUGAAAGAAUCUAUUCAAUUUCUUGAACAAGAUAUCCACAACCUUCAACAAGUUCAGUUCAAUAUUAGUCCAUUGGUAAUUAAUGACAAUCUCAUUUACAUUCCUCAAGAGAUAAUGUCACAAGAUCGGCUGUUCAUAGCAUCUUCACGUCAUACAAAGCAAUCAACAUCAGACAAAAUAUCGAACAACGAUAAUCAUAUAUCAACACAGCAAAAACGUAAUCUAGGCUUUGGAGGUAAGCAAAAUACUGGUUUUUUUUCAAACCAAUCUUUUGUUUUAGGUACAAUGCCGAAUUGUAUACUACUUUUUUCAUAA